CACGAAUGAUUAAAACGAUACACCAACUGCCACUGUAAUAAAACCUUCAGAACUUAACAAUGGCGUCCACCAACUCACCACCACUACCACCACCAACUACCAUUCCAGACGAACCUACAUCAGCAUACUCCUAUCCAUACACCGUCAACGUCGCCAAUUUCAUCUCCGUCAAGCUCUCCGGCCACACCAACUAUCCACUAUGGCGAACACAAAUGCUCUGCCUCAUCGAAGGCCACGACCUGCUCGGCUUCAUCGACGGCACACUCGAUCCACCGCCGGAGACCUCACCGGAAAAGUACCACUGGUGGCGGAGGUCCGACGCGUUAGUCCGCGGCUGGAUGCUAGGGUUUCUCACCGAAGACAUCCUCACCGGAACAAUAGGUUUCAAAACCGCUAGAACUAUCUGGAUGCAUCUAGAAGCUUCUUACGGUGAGUUGACUAGUCAAACCGGAUCAACUCCGGUGGUGAAAGAAGAGAUUCGUUCCGGUUUGGUUAGAUCUACUCCGCAUUCGAGGUCUCUGCCGACUCCACUACGUCAUGUGUCUCAACAGAUAGAUCUGAAAGGUGAUUCGGUGACGUCAGCCGGUGAUAACCGGUUUAAGACUCGAGCUCGGGGGUUAGAGAGCUCGGUGUUUCCGGAGGAGAGCUGGACGGAGAUUUCGUCGUCAGUUUCUCCGUUAGAUCUAGCGGAAAUCAAUGAUUACUUACACGAACCAAAUAUGAACACAAGUGCUUAUCUCCCGUUAUAUAAAGCCGCCCUAAGAGGUGAUUGGGAUGAUGCACAAGAUUUUAUAAAUCAAGACGAAGAAGCAGUGACCGCCAAUAUCAACAAAUACGGUUUUACAGCUCUUCAUAUUGCAGUUGGAACUGGAAAACAAGGAAUUAAUUUUGUUGAGAAAUUGGUGGCAAAGUUACCACCUAAAUCUCUCUUAAAAAUGUUAACGUCUUCAGAAAAAUACACACCACUUCAUAUUGCAGCGGUUGUUGGCAACACCGAAGCGGUUAAAAUCUUGGUGAAUAAAUAUCAAAAGUUGUUAUAUGCCGAAGAUGUGGAUGGGUUACUUCCCAUUCAUCGAGCUCUUAUUAAUUCUCAUAAAGAUACAUUUUUGUAUUUAUUGAGUGUCACAAAAGGCAAUCAGUAUCCUUGUACGUUCACCGGAAACAUGGGUGUGACACUUCUGUCUAAUGUCAUUUUUGCAGGAUACUUUGAUAUAGCACUCGAUUUAGUCGCUCGGUAUCCUGAUCUGGCGACAACUAUACCAUCUGAUAAUGUUGAUGCUCCUUUAAUGGCUAUAGCAAGAAAAGCAGAUGCCUUUGAGAGUGGAUGUCGCCUCAAUUUCUUUGAUAGUUUAAUCUAUAAAUAUGUUCCUUUGAAGCUUGAGAAACCGCACUCAAACAAAAAGCAGGGGAAGAUGAACUUCUUUACUUCAGUUCUUCAAGACAUUAAUUUGGUGGUCUGGAAAGUCAUGGGUAGGAUCGUGCGACAUAUCACACACAUUCAGAAGCUAAAGCUGGCUCAUCAUCAAGCUCUUACACUCGUGAAAUGUUUAUGCCAAGAAAUCAGUGCGUUAAAUCUUCAAUCAAAUAGUAUCCAUUAUUCCGGUCCGAUUAUCGAGGCCGCAAGCAAUGGAGCUUAUGAGGUUGUUCAAGAAAUUGCUGACACGUUUCCUCAAGCAAUUUGGUACAGUGAUAAAAGUGGCUAUUUCAUGAUCCAGCUGGCAAUUCUUCAUCGAUGUGAAAAGGUUUAUAAUUUGACGUAUCAAAUGAGCGAUCAUAAGCAUUUUCACAAGACUCUUAAGGACACUUACAAUAAUAAUCUCUUGCAUUUGGCGGGAAAAUUGGCACCUCAACCGAAACUUAAUCUUGUGUCUGGUGCAGCAUUACAGAUGCAACGCGAAUUGCAGUGGUUUAAGGAAGUAGAGACAUUUGUGCAUCCGAAAUACAAAACCGAGAAGAACUCAUUUGAACAGACACCCGAGAUGUUAUUCAGCAAAGAACACAAAAAACUAGUGAGAGAUGGUGAAGAAUGGAUGAAGAAAACAGCCGAUUCGUACACAGUAACAGCAGGUCUCAUAACCACAAUAGUUUUUGCAGCCGCCAUUACGGUGCCAGGUGGCAACAGUGGCGAUACGGGCCACCCACUCUAUGCUAAAGAAUUAUCUUUCCUAAUAUUUGCUGUUGCAGAUGCAAUCUCCUUGUUCACAUCCACAACAUCGUUGUUACUAUUUUUAUCAAUCCUGACGGCUCGUUAUGCAGAACAAGAUUUCCUCUUCACGUUACCUUCAAGGUUGAUAAUGGGCCUCGCAACAUUGUUCUUGUCAACAACCUCAAUGAUGAUUGCUUUUGGUGCAUCAUUGUAUCUUCUAUUUGGGCAGGGGAAAGAUUGGAUUUUGAUUCCGAUAGCUGCAUUAUCAUGUUUACCGAUUACUUGUUUUGUGACGUUACAAUUUCCGCUUCUUGCAGAGCUAAUAUCGUGUACGUAUGGUCGAGGACUUUUUGGUAAGCAAAGUGAUAGACCAUUUUAUUGAGUUUAUCCUUUGAGAGAACAUGAAGUUGGAUUUUUGUUGUGCCACUAUUUACAUAUGCUGAUAUUUUGUUGUUUUAGUUGCUAUAUUGAUGCAUAACGAGCCCAAUGAUAUUUACCUUUGGUGGAUUUUGGA